AUGAGUGUGGACGUCGACACAUUCGAAAAACAAUUUAUAGAUUUAGUUGGCGAGUUUCAACUGUUAUAUAUAUCAGAAUCUCGCUUAAAAGAAGCUGUUCGCACUGAAGCCACGCGAGCUGAAGCGGCGGAAGCAGCUCGCGAUGACGCAGUAAAAACAGCUGAAGAUCACCGAGCAGCUACAGCCGGUGCUACUGCUGGGGCCAAGGAAGCUGCUAAAGCUCUUUCUGAUGUACAAAAUGACCUUACUAAUACGAAAAUUCAGUUGGACUUAGCUGAACGCCAACGGUCGCUCUUCGAAGAAAAAUGUUCAGAAUUGAGCGAACACAUAGCCGUACUUGAGAAGGAAGUGCAAGAAUUUAAACAUCUUAAAACGAUGUAUACAGAAUUACAGAAACAGUUCAUUGAAUUGCAGGAGCGUGUUCAAUCUUCAACAGAUAGUGCUCGAAGUGAAGCAACGCGCUUAGAAAAUGAACUUCGCCGUGUCGAGAAAUGCGCUAGCGCAGGGACGGAGCUUCGUGAGCGAGCAAGAUUAGCGGCCGCCGCUCACGCCAGGGAAAGGCGAUUAGCAGCUGAUGAAUUGCAUGAUACUACACGGGAACUACAAAGUGCUAAAGGUGAAGUUACGCGCCUGAAGUUGCUUGUAACUGAUCUUGAAAGCAAAGUUCAAGAUUUACAAGAAAAAUCUACAAAGACUUUAGAGUUUUCCGAUCAAGAUAUAUUACUGGAGACUAAAGCUGCUUUAGAAGCAGAAAGGAACACAACAACACGUUUAGAGAAAGCUUUAGCUACAGCGACAGCUGAUAACGCGGUUUUGGCCGCGGAAGUACAUCGUCAAGAUAAUAUUGGAGUUUCACCUAAAAUUAUAGAGGAAACGGAAACAACUUCAACAAAUAUAUGCCCGAUUGAUUCGUUUCUUGCUGAUUAA